UCAUGUGAGUAGACAGCAUGUGGUGAUGAUGUGAUGAUGGUUCAAAGAGCAUUUUUAAUAUAUAGAUCAAUUCAUAUUUCAACGUCACACUAAGUUAAAGAAAUGGCUUCCAACUUUGACAGUUCCAUUCAUGGAGGAUCAGAUUUAUUCUUUGACUUUUCUUGCCUUGCCUGUCAGGAAAAUGACAGAAAUACAGAGGCUGAAUUUUACUGUGAGGAGUGUUCCAAGUUAUUCUGUGGGACAUGUGUGAAGCUCCAUGACACACUUUUUAAGAAGCAUGCAACUUUGGGAAAGGGUAACAUCAACCAGUGGCCAGAUACUAAUGUGGAUGCACUAGAGCAAUGUCAGGAGCAUAAGAAACAACAACUGACAGGAUUCUGUGAGGACCACAAUCAGCUGAUAUGUCAUGUCUGCCAUAUCUACAAUCAUCAGACUUGCAGUCAUGUGGUUCUCAUAGCUGACAAAGUGAAAGAUCUUCACCAGCAAGGAGACUUUAAGAAGUUGUCAGCAACUCUGGAUACAUUAAAUGUGCAGUUGAUUCAGAAUAAAGAUGACUUUGAGGAAAGUAUGAAGUCCCUUGAACAAUCCUACAAUACAAUUCUGGACAAAAUCAAUGCUUUACGCCAAAACAUCAAUGCCUCGUUGGAUGAACUUGAGAAAAAUACUAUUAAGGAGUUGGACACACUACUGGCAACCAUGAAGAUGUCAAUUGAAACAGACAUUGAAAAAUGCACAGAGUCCAUUAAGCAUAUGACAUGUGUACAAGAAGAUUGGCUGAGAAUAAAAGACAAAAGUGAAGCAGUGAAUUUUAUCAUGUAUACGAAAUGCCUUGACCAGUCCCUCAAGACUAAAACAGUUUUACAAGAAAUGACAACAACGAAUGAGAGGACAUUUACCUUUAAUCCUAAUACAACCAUCCAACAAACCCUGUCAAUGCUCACUGGAUUGGGACAAAUAGUCAACAAAAUGAAACACACACAAACUGCUAAAAUCAUUGCACAAAACACAGAGACCAGACAAGAAAAGCCUAAUCCAUGCAGCACAGUUGCCAUUAAACAUUGCCAAACAAGGGAUGUGACCAAACCAUCAGUGAGAUGUGAUCCCAACCAAGUCAUCAGGGUGGAGAGUAACAGUAUUAAAAUGUAUUUAGUCAAAGUAAAGACCGACAAAAAAACAAGCGUUAUAUCUGGUAUCUGUGGGACAGCCACUGGAGAACUCCUCAUCACAGACUAUGAUAACAACAGUGUAAAGCUCCUGAAUCAGACCUACAAGGUGGUGGACGUCUGUCACUUGCCUGAUAAACCAUGCUCCAUGUGCAGCAUUGACUCCAGUCUGGUGGCUGUUACUCUGGAGAACUGGGAGGUCCAUUUCAUCAGAGUGACCAAUGAUCAGCUGGUAAAGGACAGGAUAUUGAAACUCCAACAUGAGUGCUAUGGCAUUGCCUAUCACCAGAGUAACCUGUACAUUACAGAUAGUAGUGCUCUGUAUCGCUAUACUGUGGAUGGAAGACUGGUGAGCAAGAUGUAUAAAGGUACAGGUGAAUAUUCAGUUAUGGCCUGUGCAGUGAGUCCAGAUGGAGAAAGGAUAUAUGUGGCCAACAAUAUCAGGAAUCAGCUGGUCACACUGUCCAGAGAUGGCACAGUAAUCUCCACAUUCACUGAUCCUUUACUGGACUGGGGAUUGUUUGAUGUCCGACCUGGCCUCCAUGUGACAGACUCAGGACAAGUUCUGGUUUGCGGAGGCUUGUCCAACAAAAUCAUCCAGGUGGACAGGGACGGGCGACAGAGACUGGCAGAAGUGAUCAUACAGACGAAUGGUGUGUUUCAUCCCCGAUGUGUCUACUACAGUAAGCUCACAGGAACAAUCAUUGUGGGAAUCCAUUAUGAAAGCAUUAUGGUGUUUAAGGCACAGUGACUGUUGGAGUAGGAUGAUGAUCAGUUAUUACAAUUUAUAUUAUUAUCCAUACAGUUGCCAUUUAAAACAGUUGUACAGGUUUGUAUACACUACAUAUAAGACACAGUGACUGCUGUAAUAAGACAAUAUUUUCCUUUAUAAAUCUAGUACAAAUUUCCCAUGAAAACAGUCUUUAACAUUCUGAUAUCACUAUACAAUUACAAUUGAGAUGUGCUCACAUAUUAUGUGCAAAAAAUUACUAAUUAAAUCUAAAAAAAAUAUAUUUGAAAAGAUUGUACCAACAUUUCAGAAUAGCCUUUUAAAUUAUAUUGUUUGAGGUAUUAUUGUCCCCUAAAGGUUUCACCAGAGGGGACUUAUGGUUUGCGCUCCAUCAUCAGUCUGUCUGUCAGUCUGUCCGUCACACUUUUCUGGAUCCUGCGAUAACUUUACAAGUUCUUAAUAUUUUUUCAUGAAACUUGAAACAUUGAUAGAUGGCAAUAUGGACAUUAUGCCCGUCAUUUCAUUUUGUUCCUACGUCAAAAAUUCUGGUUGCUAUGGAAACAAAUAGACUAGAAAUACUGCUGAAAAUGGUGGUUUUCUGGAUCCUGUGAUAACUUUAAAAGGUCUUCGUAUUUUUUCAUGAAACUUAAAACAUGGAUAGAUGGCAAUAUGGACAUUAUGCACGUCAUUUCAUUUUGUUCCUACGUCAAAAAUUCUGGUUGCUAUGGCAACAAAUAUAUAAAAAAAAUAAAAAAUUCUGACAAUGGUGGAAUUUCUGACAAUGGUGGAGCCUGUAGGGGACCAUAUUGCUUGGCAAUAUCUUGUUGCGAAUAAAUAUUAUUAUUUCAAUGUUGAUAAUGUGCAUGUUAAUUGCUGAUAAAUAUUGUCUGAGUCAGUGUGUCCAGUAUUGUUCAAAUGUACAUUUGUGUAAGUAUGAUAUCUAACAAUUAUCAUUUUCCAAAUGACAAAUAAAAUAAAAACAAUAUAAAACUGUGCUUAAGAUACUAUUUGAAAUAAAAUAAAAUUUUAAAGCCAUAUUAAAAGUUUUGAACCCAAUAGAAGGCCGGAUCUUGAAUCCAAGAUCACCUGUAUAUCAGAGUCUUCAAACAUAAAUAGCCAUAGAUAUCCAAAUUGCCAACUUAAAUUUAAGAGUUAUGAAGUGUUAAACUACAUAUAGUUUCACCGUUCCUAUAUGUAGAAAAUCAGCAUGAACUUAAUGAGCAGUAGUUUUUGUAGUUUGUGGAAACUCAAAUGUUUUAAAAAUCGGAUGCCACAUUUUCAUGGACACUUCUUUAACUGAUCGUUUAGUGACAAUGGCUUUUCUAAUCCCAAUUUUUGACACUUUUAAACAGAUAUAAUUCACUACUUUUAGUGAACCAGAAAUCCAAAAUUUGAAGUUGAAUACUGUUAUAGUAAGCAGGCAAUCAAUAACAAUUUCUGCAGUAAUAAAUAAAAGACGAAUUGCUGAACAUUUUCUUUAUACAGUAAAAAUGAAGUCAUAAGUCGAGAUUUUUUUCUUUUAAAAUUUGAUUAAAUUUACAGUCUCAACUUAUGAGGUCGUCCAUAAAAAAAUAAUGAUGACAUUCUACUAAGAUCGAUCCCCGCGGAAAUGGUUAAAGUUGUUGUUGUUGUUGUAUAGAAAACUUGUUGAAAUACGACACACAAAAUUUCCUCUUUUAACUGAUACUUACCAAUUAAUAUUACCACAGUUUGCCGCAACAUUUCCCUUGUUUUUAUUUUCAUAAUUUAAUCCAAAGUUUUCAUGUAAGCAGGUUUUUUUUUACGACUGAACGUGUAAACAAAAGAUCGAGUCAUUUUUAAAGUAGAGCGAGAAUUGGCAACCUGUGUGAAUUGACAGUUUGACGUCAUCAAAGGAAAGCCGCUUCCUGUCAAGAAGCCAUAAAGCAUCACCCUUCUCGCCGAUAAAAUAAAAUUUCUUUAAUUUGUGAAGCGACAUGUUUAACCAAUCGUGAGUUUGUUAUUCACUGGUUAUCGUCCAAUUAUGUUUGAGCACGUGCAUAGCUCCGCCUUUGAAACUGUUAUGUAGAACAAAGGUGGAGUUAGCGGUCUAUUGGUUAUGUCAUUCAUUGUCAUAAAAACGUGUUUACCGAGGAACUAAUCGAUUGUUUUGAUAGUCAGAUUAAAAGAUCAAAGAUUUGAUUACAGUGAUCACAGUGUGUCAUCGGAUAUAAAGUUUGUGGAUUAUUACUAGCGUGGACAAUUUAGUGCAAACUUUAUAAUAAUAAUUUAAUAAUAAUAAUACAUUUGAUUUGUGAAAAUGCCUCGAAAACGCCAACGCGAUGCGUAUGACAAUACGUUUAAAAUACGUGUGAUAGAAUUUGCAGAGCAACCAAUUAAUAAUAGUGCUGUUGAAUGCAAGUUAGGUGUUUCGUAUGUCGUUGAUGUGUAAAUUUCGAUGUACAUGUAUAUAAGUUCUGGUUUCCUAUGUUGUCUUUGUUUUUAUGUGGUUCAUUAUGAUUUGCUUGUCUAUAUUUUCAUAGAUUAUUUUCGAUUUCCUAAAUAUAUAUCGUAUUGAUUAUAUUAAACAAAGUACAUAAUACAUGUGUCCGCUAUGUCUACGUCGCACAGUGCUAUAUUGACGUUAUGGUCUAUGUAUAGAAUAAAAACUUCCCGUACAUUUAAAA